AUGUACAGGCACGCCUCGGCGCCGCGAGAGCAGCCGGUCGACGUCGGCACCAAGCGCGCGGCCGCCGGGCGCCUCCGAACCGACAGGGGCGCCGCGGCAGGCGGCGACCGCGAAGUCAAGUGCUCAACAAGUGCUGGAGCUCCAGCGAUGGUGGUCGAGAACGCACCAAAGGCCAACGUCAAAGCGCGCAUGCAGGCGCUGCAGGGCGCCGGCGACGUCAAGGAUCAGCCUCCGGCCGGCGAAGAGGUUGUCACGGGCUGGCUCAAGAAGGCGGGAACCGGUGUCCUGGCAUCCCGCGAGUACAAUCGCUACUGCGUGCUGUACGCCGGCAAGCCCAUGCAUGGGUUUGCACCCACUCUGCUCUACUUUGAGGACGAGGCGCGCUCCAAGCCCAAGGGACAGACAUUGCUGGCUGACGGCACCGCAGUCGAGCAGUCGGGCCUCACUGUGCGGCUCUCUCAGGCGGGCAACAAGGUGCUCGUAAAGCUGACCGCCACGACGACAGGCGAUGCGGACCACUGGCGCUCGAGCCUGAAUGGGGUGCUGGGCCUCGAGACCGACACGACGCCCAGCCGCGUCGAAAAGGUGGCCACGCCGCCACCUGCCAAGCUACCUGCCGCCGUACCGCCGCCGGCCAAGCCGCAAGCCAAGCCGGCCCGAGCCGACCGGCUCUCAGUCGAGAAGGCGAUGGAGACGGCGCGGCUCGAGGCGGAGCGACGCAUCUCGCAGGCGAGUGAGGCUGCCGAGGCGGAGGCGAGCGAGCUGCUCGCAUCCG